UUCAGUCAGAAAAAGGCAGGUGGACUGUGCAACCACUCCAGAGCUUUUCCUCUGCGUAAAAACCCUGAGGUCUGCGCCUCACAAAAAAGAAAGCCAGCGAACAUGGAAAACGUCUACGAGAACAUCGACGGAGAAAACGCGGACAGCCCUAACGAAGAGGCCGUGUAUGAGAACUCGGGUCGGGCCAGGGAUCAACAGGCUGUGUACGAGAACUCGGCCGAGGCCAGGGAACCGCUGUACAGCGAGGUGCUGGUGCAUGCCUCGGAGAGGGAACGCAACUCUCCAGAGUACAUGGAAAUCCGGGAGGGGGCCAAAAGCAGCAGCUCCUCAUCCUCCUCGUCCUCAUCGUCCAGUGACGACGAGGAAGCCAAGCAGGAGGAACCGGUGAUGACAAUGGAGCUGCCGCCUGAGCCAGAGGUGCUGGAGGAAAAGGCGAACAGCGAGGGGCGCGGCGGGUCCAGGCGCUCAUCGGCUUCCUCGCAUUCCUCCUCUUCCUCCUCUUCCUCCUCCUCCCACGGAGACCCCAGCGAUUACCUACCAAUCCCACCCAAGAUCCACGACGAGGAUAACGCCGAGGAUGGUCUGCUCAUGUCGUACACCCGUCCCUACACAAAACCAGAGGACACCGUGGACUACAGCCUCAAAACUCUGGAAAACGUGACUCUGGAUGAGAGCAGCAAGGCUCCAGCUGACCCCAACCAGCCCACAAUCUCCCUCUACGUCAAGGCGGGCAGUGAUGGAGAAAGCAUUGGGAACUGCCCCUUCUCCCAGCGGCUCUUCAUGAUCCUCUGGCUCAAAGGAGUCGUGUUCAACGUCACCACGGUUGACCUCAAGAGGAAGCCGGCGGAUCUGCAGAACCUGGCCCCGGGGACCCACCCUCCGUUCCUUACCUUUAACGAGGAGGUCAGGACAGAUGUCAACAAGAUUGAGGAGUUUCUCGAGGAGAUGCUCUGCCCUCCAAAGUAUCCCAARCUGGCCGCCAGGCACAGAGAGUCCAACACAGCUGGAAAUGACAUCUUUGCCAAGUUCUCAGCCUUCAUAAAGAACACCAAGUCUGAGGCCAACCUGGUUUUAGAAAAAGCUCUAACCAAGGCCCUGAAGAAGCUUGAUGACUACCUGACCAGCCCUCUGCCCGAAGAGAUAGAUGCAAACAAUGUGGAGGAGGAGAAGAGCUCCAAGAGGAGCUUCCUGGAUGGGGAUGAGCUGACUCUGGCAGAUUGCAACCUGCUACCGAAACUGCACAUAGUCAAGGUUGUUGCUAAGAAGUAUCGCAGCUACGACAUCCCACCAGAAAUGACGGGGGUGUGGAGGUAUUUGAACAAUGCCUACUCACGGGAAGAGUUCACCAACACCUGCGCUGCUGACUGUGAGAUCGAGAUCGCUUACAAAGACGUGGCGAGGAGACUGGCAAAAUAACCCCGUCRACCUCUGAUCUGAGCAAAAGAUAUGAGCAACACAUAAAAAAAAGGAAUUACACUUCUGAACAUUCUGUGUAUAUGAUUGUCUUUUUGAAGUCCUCUCCUGUGGCAUUUUUCAGAAACAUAAGAUCUUUUGUCUGUCAUAGCAAACAGGUCGGAUGUCUCUUCCCAGCUCCAGAUGUGAUGGAUUGCAAUAAUUCAGCGCUCUCUGUAUAUGGUAUUUCAAUCACACAGGCAGACAUGGCAAAACAAGAAGUGAGACAGAAUAGAUCAAACACGAUUCAAAAGCUCUGAAACUUCUGACAAAACUCUUUUCACUCAAACCCGAUUGUGUCUGUCUGUAUUUAUUUCUCAUAACACAAAGCUCUCUUUCAUACGAACUCCACCACACAGCCAAAUAUUUUACUAGCUGCUGAUGUCAAGGUCAUUCACUUUAUUUAUUCCCAAGCCCACAGAAGUCUAGCCUGACUCCUGUGUUUAUUAUCUAGCUCCGGCUCCCGGGGAGACACCUCGUUUCAUUUGUGAUUGAUGAGUAUUGCUAAAUGCUUUCUGACGCUGAGCGGCUCCACUUUGCAGUUUCUUUAUAAUAGUAAGUGUGGCUGUAAGGGUUUUUAUGUUGGUCUCUUUAGCUUGUAAAUGCACGUCUUGAGAUUCACUCCAGUUGCUAAAAAUUAGAAUAUCUUUUAGAAAAUAAGUAUAAAUACUUGGUUAUAGCAGCAAAAUUCAUCCAUUCAUAGUCUAUCAAAUACUAUCUUAUCAGCCAUGACAAUCAAUCAAAUCCAAAUUAAAUUUCUAGCACAUGAACAAACAACCUUUCAUUGGCUAAUGUGCACAAAGUUUAAAGGAAAGGGAAACGAUAAUCAUCCAGGCUAGGCUAAUGGUUAGCCUAGUAGUUCACAAACUGUGGGGUAGGGACUCCUUUUCUUUCUACUAAUGUGGGACCCAGCAGACAAAGUCUGAAAAUCACUGGGCUAGCCAAAGCUAUAAAAAACAAAAACAGUGUGAAAGGACAUAACUGUAUUAAUGAUUAAACCUGUAAACGUGCAAAACCGCUUAGUUUGUUUAGUUCGUUGCCGUUUUCUCGUCCGUGUUCGUGCCUGAAUGUACCUGAGCUGAGCAGAGACAGUUAUAUACCGAUAGUGUUGAGACGCCGUUGAACGUAUGAGUCUGUCUGACUAAACAGAUCGGCUUAAUUAGCUUCAUUUUAGCUGUUAGCCCUCAUUAGCCUAGCCUGCAGUAAGACCUUUCCUCCACACUCUGACUAAUGAGGUACUAACUGUUUUAAAACAGUCUCUUGUUUUAAAAAUGACCAGACUAUCCCUUUAAGAGAUUAGAACAAACUUAGUGUUUGACUUGCUUGUGUGUGUUAACCUGCUGCAUCCAAGUCAUUUUUGAAAACAUGUAAAACUCCUCAGCUUUGUGGCUCUAUUAGACUGAAUCAGAAAUCCAAGCCAGUGUCACUGAUAUUAUGACAAAUUCACUGCAGCCAGAGCCGAGACAUUUGUUUGGCCUCUAGCUGUAAGUAUUCAGCCGGGGUAUUGAUUUUGUCUUAAGUUACCGCAUGAUAUUUUAAAUGGAAAGACUAUUUAUUUAGCUGUCCCAAUCAGGCCUGAUUAGGUGGAGCCAUUAGUGCUGCGAUGAAAAGCGUCUUCCAGGCCAGGUCCGUGACGGCGAGAAGCCCCGUAGUCCUUUAACAGAAGGAUAUUUCCCUUUUCUCUGACAAUUCCUCUGCAUAAAAGUUAAAGUUUAAAAGUUUCUAAACAGGGGAGAGUGGAAACUUGUCCUGGGGGCUUGUUGUGCUUGGCCCGGCGUCUCUGGGUUGCGAGACUUCCUCGAAGAGCCACGAGGCUCUCGGAUGGUUUUGGACAAACUCAUGAUAUGAAAUUGGAGCAUGRUGACUCGAGAGGGUUGCUCAAAGCAAAGCUCUGCAAAUAAAAUAAUAUUUUCACAGA